GUCUCCAUUACCAAAUUUUCUGCUACUAAUUGAAUAAUUUUCCGAUCGCUAGGAAAGCUCCCUAUUACGUGUGAUACCAGACUACUAUUGCAGCCUAUGAUGGUUCUUCCUUGUAUCUAGCAGGCCGCAAAUUACCGACCACCAUUCGCCUAGACCAACAAUCUAGGCUAAAUAUGCACUCACCAUAUCGACCUUCGAUCUCCCAAGUUAGAGAUCUGGUCUCGAAUUAAUCUUCAUAUUACUCUGUCUCGGCGUUCUUGGGCGCUCCAAUAGGGAUGGCCAUACCCUCUCCGGUGAAAGUGGCAGGGAAGCAUUCGCAACACUACCAAAAACUUGGACACCCUCGCCUCAGCACCUAGCUAUAUUCAUCCGCGCUGCAUCCAGAUGCGAGACACAUACAUAUUGAAUCAAGUACCCCUCAUGGAGCUCACUGGUACUGCUUGUGCAUCUGUUUCGCCUAGUCUAUAGACGAAUCUCCCAAAGUCUCAGUCAGCAUCGAAAUUCCGCAAGAUCGAGAACAUCAACGAUCAAGGUCAAAGCUAUUCAACCAACGAUUUGAAGAUGUAUGCCUCUUCGACCCUUACUACCAUCAUGGCGCUCGUUACGGCUGCCCUUGCGACAACCGGCCCAUGCAGUAUAAGCGAGCCAGACUACACCUGCGAGCCUGUGAUGGAUGCUAGCGCUUGCUACAACGCCAUAAUCCUGGGCUGGGAGGGUGCCAGCAAGAACCCGGCUGACAUCUUCAAGUGUGUGGAUCCUCCGGAGCUUAUGUGCGCUUGUUACGGCUGCACUGACGGUUUAGACGAACUCGUCAACAAGAACAACUUAUGUCCAUACAAUGGCACCUCGUUAUUGUGAGAUAUACGUGAGGCUUGGACGGGCACGGACGACCUCUCCAUUUCAUAGAGGUUGUGGUCGAUCGGAUAUGAGCUCUAUGUUUCGAGGAAAACUAAGUCAAAGUUUUGACUGCUGCGAGUACUUACAACUCAAGGGAUUGAUAAAUCGGAAUCUCGGACUUUUCACGUUCAAUGUCAUAUCGCAUCAGACCGUUGGAAAUCAAAGGAGAUGCUUGAGAUUAUAUCGUAGAGG